AUCAUUCCCAACUCAUCAGCUCGAUCAUCAUCGUCUCCUCAAGGCCCUAGCUAGCUAGCUCCGCUAUACAUACCACCGAGGGCGCAUGGCGCUGACGAGUCACCUCCUGGUCGUCCUCCUCGGCAUCGCAGUGCCGCUGCUCUUCUUCUCCCGUGCAGAGGGGGGCCAGGUAGGCGUGUGCUAUGGGAGGAUGGCCACUAACCUGCCUGACCCGACGUCCGUGGUGAAACUGCUCAAGAAGAACAGCAUCACCAUGGUGAGGAUCUACGACACUGACCCGACGGUGCUGCGCUCGCUGGCCAACACCGGCAUCAAUGUCACGGUGGAGCUAACCAACGAGGAGCUGCCCUCCGCUGCCGCGGACCAAAAUUUCGCUGAUCAAUGGGUGCAGAACAAUGUGAAGGCCUACUACCCGGCCACGCAGAUCAACGGCGUGACGAUCGGGAACGAGGUCUUCAAAGAGGCUAGUCAGCUCAACUCUCAGCUCGUCCCGGCCAUGAAGAAGGUGCAAGCGGCGCUGGCUCGCCUGGGCCUGGCGGACGCCGUGAAGGUGACCACGCCCAUCGCGUUCGACGCUCUCAAGAUGUCGUUCCCGCCGUCCGAGGGCGCGUUCCGUGACGACAUCGCGUUGUCGGUCAUGAGCCCCAUGGUCGACUUCUUGCAGGAAACCGGGUCGUACCUCAUGAUGAAUAUCUACCCGUACCUUGCGUACCUGAGCACUCCCGGCAUGUCCAUCGACUAUCUCUUGUUCCGCCCCAACGCUGGCAUUCUUGACAAGAAUAGCAAGCAAACGUACUUCAGCCUCCUCGACGCGCAGCUUGACGCUGUGUACUAUGCGAUGGAGAAGCUGCCGUCCUCCAGCCUGCGUGCUGGAGGGAUGAGGAAGCUCACAGCAGGGGGCGGAAUACUGGAGGUGAAGCUUGGUGAGAGUCACCACCCAACCAGAGGCCACCAUGGCGUGGGAACAACAGCCAACGCCCAAGCAUUCACCGAUGGUCUCAUGAGCAAAGUGCGUGGCGGUAACUCCGGCACCACCUCAAACAGAUAUAACCGGCUCGCCACCAGUGCUGUCGGCACCCCGCACCGUCCCAACGCCGAUCUUGACGUGUACAUCUUCGAACUCUUCAACGAGGACAACAAGCCCGAAGACGAGCAGGACUUUGGGUUGUUCUACCCGAACCAGCAGCCCGUGUAUCAAGUCGACUUUGUCCAUGGUGCCGGCCCCGUGCAACCGAGCUACUGUGCCGCGAAGGCCACGGCCGGGGACGCGGCCUUGCAGGCUGCGCUGGACUACGCGUGCGGCCACGGGGCGGACUGCAGCGCCAUCCAGCCAGGCAAGCCCUGCUACGAGCCCAACACCAAGCUCGCGCACGCGUCCUACGCCUUCAACGACUACUACCAGAAGAACGGCCAGGCCAGCAGCGCGUGCGACUUCAGUGGUGCUGCCACCAUUGUCAACCAGGCACCAUCAGGCCGGUGCGACCCGAGCCCGAGCUGGUGUGUGGCGAACGCGGCGGUGGGCGCCGCGCGGCUGCAGAAUGCACUGGACUACGCCUGCGGCCACGGCGCGGACUGCACGGACAUCCAACCCGGAGCACGGUGCUUCGAUCCCGACACCAAGGUCGCGCAUGCGUCUUUCGCGUUCAAUGACUAUUACCAGCGCCAUGGCCGGGGCGCCGGAACGUGCGACUUCGCCGGUGCCGCUACCAUUGUCCGGCAGGCACCAAAGAUAGGCAACUGCGUGCUGCCGUCAAGGGCCUGAACUGAAGAAACUGUAGCCAAAGCGAAGCUUUACUACCACGAGAUUAAGCAAUAAUCCCGACAGAUUACCGUCUGCGUCCGGCAAAGUCUAGUUUUCAAAUGUAAAACUAGAUAAAUAAAUCCAUGGUUUUCAUCAGGUGCUUAGAGUAAGUACAAUAAUGGGCUUAUAGCACGGUUACAUUACACUUUUGCCUAUGUGAAAGAGAGUGAUGUGGAAAAAUAGUGAGAGAGGACUCUCGUACAAAGCCUAGCUAUAUGCUUUACUCCUAGGCAAUUGCAAUAAAUAUAAAGAAAGAGAUACAGAGAAGGUGAAAAAAAA